AUGAGCAUCAUCGCUCCUACUCCUACAUCAGUGAAACAGCGACGAAGUGGCAUCGUGUCUACUACCCGGCUUGAUGUUUUGCAUCGACCAGUAAAUAAAAGAAAUACAACACAAACUUUUUCUGACCCAGCUAAAACUGAAACGUUUAAUGGGGGUUCCCUGAAAUUAUUGCCAAGCAUCACGGUCAUAGCGCCAGAAAACCAGAAUUCAAGAGAAAACACUUUUAGUCAACUAGUAUUGUCUUCAAGUAAAACAUGGACAACCUCAUCUACUCUACCAAGCGCUGAUUCAAAUAAAAAUGCCUCACCUAUUUAUAGUAAAUAUGAACAAAAUUGGAAAUUUGACAAAAUCGUCACAGCCUCUUCAUCACCAAUAUACCGCAAACCUGCCCUUCCGGAUACAUAUAAAAUAGUCCCAACUUACUCUGAUACAAACAAUCCACCUAUCUAUAUCAAAGACAAUCCAUCUGUGCGUGACAAAUCAUCUACCACUGUUAGAAAGGAGCCAAUUACCAAUAUUAAAAAAACAUUGACGACAAAAUCACCAACAUCUAUCAAAGACGAAGAAAAAUUCACGACAAGAUCACCAACGUAUAUGAAAGACAAAGAUGAAGAAAUAUUCACGACAAAAUCACCAACGUAUAUCAAAGACAAAGAUGAAGAAAAAUUGACGACAAAAUCAUCAACGUAUAUCAAAGACAAAGAUGAAGAAAAAUUCAAAACAAAAUCACCAACAUAUAUCAAAGACAAAGAUGAAGAAAAAUUCAAAACAAAAUCACCAACAUAUAUGAAAGACAAAGAAGAAGAAAAAUUCACGACAAAAUCACCAACAUAUAUGAAAGACAAAGAAGAAGAAAAAUUCACGACAAAAUCACCAACAUAUAUGAAAGACAAAGAUGAAGAAAAAUUCAAAACAAAAUCACCAACAUAUAUCAAAGACAAAGAUGAAGAAAAAUUCACGACAAAAUCACCAACAUAUAUCAAAGACAAAGAUGAAGAAAAAUUCAAAACAAAAUCACCAACAUAUAUCAAAGACAAAGAUGAAGAAAAAUUCAAAACAAAAUCACCAACAUAUAUCAAAGACAAAGAUGAAGAAAAAUUCACGACAAAAUCACCAACAUAUAUGAAAGACAAAGAUGAAGAAAAAUUCACGACAAAAUCACCAACAUAUAUCAAAGACAAAGAUGAAGAAAAAUUCAAAACAAAAUCACCAACAUAUAUCAAAGACAAAGAUGAAGAAAAAUUCACGACAAAAUCACCAACAUAUAUCAAAGACAAAGAUGAAGAAAAAUUCAAAACAAAAUCACCAACAUAUAUCAAAGACAAAGAUGAAGAAAAAUUCAAAACAAAAUCACCAACAUAUAUCAAAGACAAAGAUGAAGAAAAAUUCACGACAAAAUCACCAACACAUAUGAAAGACAAAGAUGAAGAAAAAUCAACGACAAAAUUACCAACAUAUAUCAAAUACAAAGAUAAAGAUAAGUUCACGACAAAAUCACCAACGUAUAUCGAAGACAAACAUGAAAAGCUCCCUUUCAAAGAAGACGAGAUCGAGAGACCAGAACCUCCACAAUGCCCCAGCUGGGCGAGCUGUAAAGAUCGCUGUGGCUUUGAGCGACAGUUUGGUCACAAGUGGUCCUGCUUCUGCGAUCCAGACUGCAAUGUCUUCGGAGAUUGUUGCGCAGACUUUGAUGAACAUUGCAACGUAACCAUCAUGCUAGAAGGCUGGGUCGAAAGUGAGUUUGAUAAACGUUGGGAUUGCUGGACACUAUACCAUGAUGAUAUGCCUAUCUGGAUGAUCGGGCAAUGUCAACUAGGUUGGAACGAUGCCGAUGUUUUACGACGUUGCACUGAGAGAAACACGGAUAUUAUCUCCGAGAUAAUCCCUGUAAUUAAUUGA